CUAAGGGUACAGCUUGUUUAUCAGUUAUGGGAAAUAUAUAUGCAUUCCUGAGUUUGUAUUAGUACCUCAGUGAUAUUGCAAAUAUUAAAAUUCAGAGUUUUAACUUUUUUUCUCCAAAGGUACGUAGCUAACACGAUUUAUCUUAAACUCUCAAACACUGGUGCUGAUAUUGGCCCCCCAGGAACACAGUUUACCUCCCUGCCGACAAUUUGCAUCAUUAAUACAACUAAUCAUCAAUUAACCAUGAAGGUGAAAAUACAAAUAAACAUUUCUGAUUGGUUCAAACAAACUACUGCAGUGAGACUGGAAUGAUCACACCGCAUCAACAGCUGCAACACAUGUAGUAAAACAAACAAGUAAUGAAUUAAAUAAGUUUAAAAAAAAAAAGAAAAAAGAAAAAAGAGGGGUGGUCACUGUGCAGACACUAGACUGUGAUCCCUGCGGAAACACUUGUAGGCUGUGACAGUCCUGCUGUUGUCUCCACAGGGAGACAACCUGGCUGCAGCCCCUCUCCUCCUCCUCCUCCUCCUCCUCCCCAGCUUCAUAACCUAAUCGAUUACCGAGCAGAGAAAGGCAGACCGGGUCCUCACACUCUGGGAUCGGUUUCUCUAUGUGUGUGUGUGUGUGUGUGUGUGUGUGUGUGUCAGACUAACUUCCCAGAAUAGCAACUCGGGCGGGUUGUCUGCUGCUCUGCUGUGCUGUGCUGUGCUGUGAGAGGAGAUGGAGGAGGAAGUCAGCGGUGGAUUGAACAACUGUUGCUUUUGCUGCUGCUGCUGCUGCUGCUGCGGAACCGAACUACCCUCCAGUCCGCGCUGCAUGGCGCACGUCGGGCUAGAAUGAAGCGUGUUCGCCAGCCGAGGCGUUUCAGCCGGGAUCAAUGCGAUCAAGUUCACGGGAUUAUAUAAAAACUCCUGCGUGUUUAAGGGAGGUGGAGAGACAACUUCGCACCCCCGCCCCUCCUCCUCUCCUCCCCUCCGUUCUUGACUGAAAUUACCACCACACUCUGCACUGGGGAGACGAUUCAAGCUCUCCCUGCAGCAUUUGAAAUGGAGGCUCCCGAUGGAUACUCUGCCAGUAACGGCCAAUGCUCUCCCGGUGAGGUGAACUCGAGAAUGUUGGCAGAUAUGUCAACACCUAAUGGACAGACAGUUCCUCAGGGUCCUAAUUCCCCCAGUGAACUGACAAUUAAGCAAGAAGAGGAAACAGCGGAGGACAACAGAAGCCCAGCGCUUGAAGAAAUAAGCCAGACAGGGGAGGAAGAAGGAGCACUGGAGGAAUCCAUGACUGGCAGCCCGAACGAUGCACAGGAUGGGUUAUCUGGACCCAAUGUGACAGCUGACGCUGGAAGUCGACAAGCACACGGCGACAGGCCGUUCCAGUGCACCCAGUGUGGCGUCUCCUUCACCCAGAAGGGAAACCUGCUGCGACACAUCAAGCUGCACACCGGCGAAAAACCCUUCAAAUGCCCCUUCUGCAGCUACGCCUGCCGGCGGCGUGAUGCCCUCACCGGCCAUUUGCGCACUCAUGCUGUUGGCAAACCACACAAGUGCAACUAUUGUGGUCGGAGCUACAAACAGCGCACUUCUCUAGAGGAACAUAAAGAGCGCUGCCAUAGUUACCUGCAGGGCAUCGGCUUGGAUCCGACCGCCAACACUGGCCCUUACACAGGUGAGGGACCUACAGAGCCGAGGCCCAUGGCGGAGGCCAACACCAUGGCCACGUUCGAACGGCCGCCUGUUAUCGAAAGGCUGCAAAACAACAUGGGCAAGAGGAAGAGCACCACGCCCCAGAAAUUUGUGGGUGAAAAGAUGUUACGGUACAGCUACCCUGAAGUUAGCUAUGAGAUGGGCCUCAAGUAUGAGAAGCAGGCAGAACUGCUGCCGGCCCACGUGAUGGACCAGGCCAUCAGCAACGCCAUCACAUACCUGGGGUCGGACAGCAUUCGGCCCAUGCUUCACCAUCCAGGUCCCCCUCUCUCUAUGGCCGAGAUGAUGCCCAUCAACCCCCUCUUCCACCAUGUCAUCCCGCUGGGCCAACGAACAGAGCGUCCAGGAAACUGUGACACACUGCCACCUCAGCCACAUGACCUCCCGGGCCAUCACACCACAAAUGGCCCGACUGCUUUAAGCAGGCUCGGCAAGCCGCACCAGAAAGUGCAAGAGGAAUCGCCUAACCACAGUGGACUCGACUCAGCUGACUCAGCUCGCAGCAGCCCUCAGGAGAGGCAGGGCUACCAUGGAAGCAACCCCCCUCCCGGCCUCAGGUCUCGAGCCAGUCCAGCUGUGGUGUAUUCAGGUGAGCGGCUAUCAGAAGCAUCACCCAGAAGUGGGGCAGGAGUGGGGACUGGGACGAUGCGGGCGGCCACAGAUAGGCUCGCGAGCCACGAAGGGGUUAGGGUGUUUGGACGAGAGGGCCAGGAGUUGCGCGCCUUCCAGUGCGAGCACUGUCGGGUGCUCUUCCUGGACCAUGUCAUGUACACCAUCCAUAUGGGCUGCCACGGAUACAGAGAUCCACUGGAGUGCAACAUCUGCGGUCACCGCAGCAGAGACCGCUACGAGUUCUCCUCUCACAUAGUCCGCGGUGAACACACCUUCCAUUGAGAGAAUGGGUAGGAAUUAAGGGAAAAGGCAAAGAAGGGAAAAGGAGCAAUAGCCUGAUAUCCGUCCUUAUCCCCUGACCUCUGAGACUGCACAGUUUGAAUGACACUGUAGACAAGUGUAGCACAAUCAUAGCAUAGACUUCUUUUUAAGCUACUUAUUGUGAAUCUGAAAAGUUGAACAAUCAUAUGAAGGUAUGGGCCAAAGACACAUUUUCUACAUACUGAAUUAGAAUUAAUGUAGACGAAGGAAGGUAAGUUGUUUUUGUUUUUUUUCUCUUAAUGUUCAUGAAAUGUAUAACAGAGCAGCUGUCAGACGACUUUCAUUCUAUUCUUACUGGAUAAUGUCUCCUCGUGCUUGUCCUGUCGACACGCUUUUGUCACCGAACUAUUUUUUUCACUCUCAAGAAGUAACAAGAUAUAAGGACACGUUUCUGUCCUGUGGCCUCAAUGCACUCGAUACAGUUUAUUAUAAGAAAAAAUGAAAGUACUGCAAGAUGUACAACACAGAUGAAGACUUCAGGUAGUCUCAAACCCUUAAUUUCAAACCUGGAAUUUCCAAUCGUUACCAAUCCAAUAAUCACCUUGUUUCCACCUGGUAUUUUUAAUGCGUUCUUAUUAACACUGAAAACUGAUCUUUGUCCUUGUGAAAAAAGCCUCUGAAACAGUGAUUUCAGGUAGCAGCAAAUCAGCCAGUCCCAGGUUCCCUUAAAAAAGCAUAGAUUUUUUUUGAGUUGUUGAGCUAAGGGAAACUUAAGACACCUUGACAACAUCGUCUGCAACAAAUUCUUAGACAUUUGUGGCAGCUUGUAAAUUCGGCAAACGUAGUGCAUUAAGUUAUCCCUUUCCUUGUGUCAUUCUGUCCCAAUAUGUUGCAUUACUAGCAUGUGAGUUACUCUGUGACUGCUUAAUUUUUUUCACACUAUUCUGUGGAAUAAAGCAUCAAUCGAAGCUUUCAUGGCGCAGAAUAGACAUGUUGUCAGUAGAGGCAUGUCUCUUUCUGCCUCCUCACUUGCCCAUUCUCUGAUUUAAACCAAGUUUUAUACAAAGUAAAAAAAACAAAUAACUGCAUCAGUGCAUUGUCGAGUUCGUAUUCAGCAGGUUGUAUGGAUCGUCUGUUUACGCCGACCUAAGAUCCAAACACUAUGCAAGCCACACUACCUCCAGAUGUAGUCAGGCAGAUCCGAUCGCAUUAAAAUGCAUUUGUCCUCAUCCGGAUAACACAUCCAGGUACAGAUCACAUUUUAAUACCAGGUUUAAAUUGGGUGUAAUAAAAAAAAUAAAGAUAAAAAAAGCCAUGCUACCAUAUAUGAAUACUUACCGGUGUGAUAUUGCAGAUAUCAGAGGAUUGUUUUUUUUCCUGUCUUUUGUUUUUCAUGACAUUGUAUUGGCCCAUUAUGCUCAUUGGUUUUCCCAUGAGCAAUGGUGUAAUACAAACACUGAUAGGGUCAUCUGGCGCUGGGUGUUCUAGCUGCAAGCAACUUGGUGUCCAUGUGGGCUUGAUUGCCAGAGCUGUGGUGGUUUCUAAAUGUGUCUAUCUACAGCUAUAGAAAGUCGAAUAGUUGUGCCAUCAUUUUGACAGUAUUUGGUUCUGCUUCAGUAAUGCUGCUUCUAACUGCAGGAAUUAUUUUGCAAACAUAAAUGCCUUUAUUAAUUACAAGAUUGUUGUUAUUUAAAAAAACAAAAACAAAAAACAUUUGAAAAUAGUCCAAUAGUCAACAACACUUAGUUUUACAGAUGUAGCCUAUAUCACAACUUACUACAACGUACACAAUUUGUAGUACUAUCUUUUCCACAAAUAUUAACAAAAACAUGCUACAAACUUCAUUUUAAAUUGUUAUUGUUUGGAUCAACACGUCAUUUGUGAAGAACUUGUCCAGACCAAGCUAAAGCUAAUGCUAACUCUCUAAAAAGGUUAUAUAGCCGGCUGAUUGCAGAAAGCUACCUCUUACCCAAUUUGUAGGAUUCAGCUGAGCCUUCAUUAAUUCACUUGGACUGUUAUUAUGACAUAUAGUCGGCUAUUUUUUUCUGUCUUUGUUACGCUGCAGUAAUAGCCCAGCUAUUCUUGUAGCCAAAAGUAGCAUUUCUAGCUAGCAAGUUUAUAUUUUUGUAUCACCAUGCAUGUUUUCACGAUCAGUCGCUUAGUCUUUACCUGCACCACCAUUGUUUUUCCACUUAUCAGUGGCUGGUAAAGCACUUGUGCACCACUACUUGCACAAAAAAGACCACCGACUUCCUGCUGCCGUAUUAUUUGACAUUUUGAAAGUCUUGUACAAAGAAUCAGCUCAAACAAUUUUUGAAAAGGUGUCACUGAAUAAAGCUGUUCUGAUGCACACUGUAUACCAUAUUUUAAAACAUUCAUGUUUUCCUCUUGAAAAUUGCACACAUAACUCCACCUGCAUAUAUAACAGUGUGUAAAUAUAUUAAAAACAACAAAAUAAACACAUAUACUUUGACAUUAAUAAUUAAAGUUGAAUCUUUCUAAACUUUAACCUCUAGCUCAUGAAACUGAAUGUGUUGCUUGCAUUUUGACUUGUUUCUCAAAAAUCCUAAUUGGCAUCUAUUCAGUUCAUCUUCAUCUACGAGGUAAAACGAUUGAUCAUGAAGCAAAUAUCACAAAGCAAAACAAGGAAGUAACAAAAUGUGCAGUGUUACGGUUCCAGUCAGCUCUGUGACCUUUAAAAAGUUAAUCUGUUAUCAUACUUUCUUUACUAAGUUUGUUUUCCCUGGUUGCUCUUAUGAAAACUACAAAUCCUGGUGGCUUGUGGGUCAUGUUGCUUGCAGUUUGAACACACAGAUUCCUAAACUUUGCUUUAAACUAGCAGACUUACAAAUAUAGAUCAUAAAAUGACAGAGGAUGGCAAAUAAUUCUAAUUAAGAUGGCUUUAGCUGAUUAAACUGAAAGUAUAAUGCAAGAUGCUUUAUUUUAAUGUAUACCAAACAGAUGAUGCAGGAGGCAAAGGGUAAGGCAUGGGUGGCCUUUCUCUGAUGUACUUCACUGUAUGCUUUAUGCCCAUCUUUUUGAUCCAUCCCACUUUGUGAUUCAGGCUGUGUGGAUGUCUGUGAGUAUGUAAUAUAAGUGUACUUUUUUCCCCCAGUGCUUUUGGCGGGGGUCCGCUUCGUCUGGGCUGUUUUGCAACUCAGCAAACACGCUUACAUGUUCGGCUCCAAAUGCCGUCAGUCCUUUUUGAAUGUCAUGACAAAUACAGGGGAAAACAUCACAGCAUCCCUGCACAAAUACUUCUUUGUGAGGCGUCCUUGGCAUCUUUGAAUGUCUUGUAGUGCAGCUUUAAUUUCGACUGAACACCUAAAAAAAAUGACUCCCUUUUGAAAUAGACCAGAUUUUAGAUGCGUAUGGUGGCCAUUUGGCUUGUUUAUCUCCUACUGUAAGAAUCAGAUUGCUCAUUCUCUGCUCUUCACUAACACCAUCUCAAGCACACACACACACACACACACACACACACACACACACACACACACACACACACACACUAAUGUCUCUCGCGCUUCCUCUCUCCCGUAAUGUCGCCACAUUCUUGUAUGACCUUGUGCAGAGGGGAUGCAGAACGAGACAGCUUGAGCAAGAGGAAAAGUGAGAGUAUGAGUGUGUGGCUAACACGUCGUUCUACUCUGAAGGCACUUGUCAAAACUGUAGCGUUCCACAUCACCUCUGUAAACAUGCUUAGACAUUAAAAGCUCAUGUAUGCAAAGUGGAAACAGCGUGUAGGAGAUAAGCCACUUUUCCAAAUCGCUUGUCCAUCGUGCACAGUGCGUUGAACAACGACAGAUUUCGGUUCACAAGGGACGUCGCAGCGCUUUCAUAUUUACUGUCUCUCUGAAAAAGACUCAGAUAAGACUGUGCUUUGUACAGUUGGCCAUGCACUUUAUGUCCAUGUCCUGACUAAGGCAGCAUCUUUUUUUACACACACACACACACACACACACACACACACACACACACAC